UUCUCUCGGGUCACCCAAAAGGCGAAAACAGAGCAACCCAUAGAAAACGACCAAAGGAAUUGGAGAGUGUGGAGAGGGAUAGACUUUGGGUUCUUCUGUUGUGCAGUAGCAGCAAGAAAGUAGAACGACCGACUGUGUGUGUGAAAGAAAGGAAGCAAUCAAUCAAUUAAGCCAUCAAGAAAUGGGGGAAGAGAGAGAGGACCCACAGAAGCUGAAGAGAAUGGCAGCGGCUGCCUACGACUACGAGAACGACUCAAGAUGGGCCGACUACUGGUCCAACAUCCUCAUCCCUCCUCACAUGGCCUCUCGCAGCGACGUCGUCGACCAUUUCAAGCGCAAGUUCUACCAGCGCUUCAUCGAUCCUGAUCUUAUGGUAGACUCAAUGUCAACUAGCAGUUCUUCUCAGCCAAAGAGACCAUCUGCAUCCUCCCGACCCACAAAUGACCAACCUCAGUCACGUAGUGCUGGAUCAACUGCCAGAACUUCAGGUACAUCAGCAACAAGUCCUCCAACUUCUCUGCUUUGGGAUCGACAAACCAUUCAGUUUUCUGUAAACGCUUGGGUGUUUCUAGUGGCUGUGCUUGCAAUUUUUCCAUUGGUGCCUAAAAACCUUUCAAAUAGGGCAUAUCGGCUUUCCUUUAUGGGCACGGCAUGUUCCUCUCUGUAUUCCUUGUACUCGCAACAUGGGAAACCGAGGGCUUGGAACUUGCAGGCUUUGCAAGUUUACUUUCAGUCAAUAAUCAUGACUAAGGAUUUUAUCUACUUGAUUUACUGCCUUACCUUUGUGACAUCACAUCUUUGCCUCAAAUUUGCCCUGAUUCCCAUUCUCUGUCGGGCUCUUGAACAUGUUGCCAAGUUCCUUCGGCGCAAUUUUAGUCAAUCCUCGUUGUACAGGAAGUACUUGGAAGAGCUUUGUGUUUGGGUGGAGUCAAAUACAACUACCCUCAACAUACUAUCUUCACACGCUGAGAUUGGACUUGGCUUCCUUCUGAUUAUAUCAUUGUUCUCGUGGCAGCGCAACAUUAUACAGGCAUUCAUGUACUGGCAGCUAUUGAAGCUCAUGUAUCACGCCCCGGUGACUUCUGACUACCAUCUGAGUGUGUGGACAAAAAUUGGAAGGACAGUUCAUCCCCCCAUCCACCGCUAUGCCCCAUUCUUGGAAACACCUCUUUCUGCUGUCCAUAGAUGGUGGUUAAGGUAGAGAGGCGGCUCAGGGAGGAGGAAGACGACGAUAUUUAAAGGGAAGGACGUCAAUGGAAAUUAUCUUGAAUUCAUAUAAUCUAAAGAUAAACUGACGUCAGAUCUACUGAAUUUACCAAACUGUCAUUUUGAUGCUAGAUGGAUGAAAAAGUAUAUCUCCUACUGAGGUAGUGUUGAAUCUAUAGUGCUACUACGAAUUAUUUCUCUUAAAAGCAAAUUUUAUCCAAAUCCAACUCUUUUUAA